CUGGGGUGCGGGGAAGGCCCGGGGGGGGGGGUGCGGGAUAGAGCCUGGGCUGCGAGGUGAGGUCCGGGGGCGCGGGACAGGUGUGCCCUCGCCCCCCACCAUGCGCGCCGUGUCGCUUCUGCCGCGCCCCGCCGCCCGCACCGCGCCGCCCGCGCCGCCCGCGCCGCCGUCCGCCAACGACACCCGCAGCGCCGACGCGCUCGUCACCCGCCUGUCCGGCCUGGUCCGCGACCUGCCCGCGCUCAAGGUGGCCGUGAUCGUGGCCUGCGCUUUCUCGGCGCUGCUCGUCGCCUGCCUGCUGCUGCGUGUGCUCAGGUCGGGGCGACGGUCAAAGAAGCCCCGCAAGUAUGACAUCAUCACCACCCCAGCUGAGAGCGUGGAGAUGGCCCCUCUGAAUGAGGACGAGGAUGACGACGAGGAUGCCACCGUGUUCGACAUCAAAUACAGGUGAAAUCCUGUCUUCCCGCUGGCGCCUGGGGGAGUGUGGAUCAGUGACGGUGAGAAGCAUCUGGAAGCGUCACAUCCCAAGUGUCAGCCCGAAACGAACUUUUUUUUAAAAAAAAAUGAAACUCUGGCCUGGUGGUGGGCUCCGCUGGCUGCUCCGAAUGUCCCCCUGAAGGACUCACCCUGGGACUCCCCUGAGCCCCGUCACCCCUUCUCCCACAAGCGUGAAAGCGACGAGUUGUUACCACGGAUCCCUUAAAACCACUACCACCACCAAAACAAAGCCAGGACCCCAGAAACCA